CACCGACCCAGCUUCCGGUGGCUCGUCCAGCCCAGUCGACUCCGGCAUGUGCACCAUGACAACACCAGCGGCAUGAGCACCAGGUCCAGCCUUGCCCAGCGCAGGCCGCAGAUGCAGAGCCAAGCGCUCCGGGGCCAGAGGGGUGCUCUCCGUCGUCCUUCGGCCCAUCCGCGCCCACAUCCACAAUCAUCCCAGCCCCAGCAUCAUGGCGCUCUUGCCUCAAAAAAGUCCGCGCUCCGCCCGGACCCGCUUCCCCUCUGUCUUUGAUCGCCCCCGACAAGAUCAGAUCCGCCCGAUCGACAGUCUGCUGUCUCCCGCCCCACAGUGACCGUCCCCUUCCCGCCACCCUCCAUGAGUCUCCUCAACGAUAAGCUCCUCGGCCGCGCUCUGACCAUCGCUGGAUCCGAUUCGGGCGGCGGCGCCGGCAUCCAGGCCGAUCUCAAGACCUUCACGGCCUUCAAGGUCUACGGCACCUCGGUCCUCACCGCCCUGACUGCCCAAAACACCCUCGGUGUCUCGGGCAUUCAUCCGAUCCAGCCCGACUUUGUCGAGAAGCAAGCCCGCGCUGUCCUCGAUGACAUUGGCGCCGAUGCCCUCAAAACCGGUAUGCUCUUUGACUCCUCUGUCGUCAAGUGCGUCGCCAAGCUGGUUUCAGAGUACGGCCUCACCAAGGUCGUCGUCGACCCCGUCAUGGUCGCCACCAGCGGCGACCGCCUGCUCGCCGAGGAUGCCAUCGAAUCGAUCCAGUCGGUGCUUCUCCCGCUCGCCUUUGUCGUCACCCCGAACGUUCCCGAGGCAGAGAUCCUGGCAGGCAUCUCCAUCACCAGCCUCGAGGACAUGAAGACCGCUGCCGUCAAGAUCCACCAGCUCGGCGCCAAGCACGUCCUCGUCAAGGGUGGCCACCUGCCUCUCGACGGACAGUACAAAACCGCCCAGUCGCUCGACUCGGCCAUGGUCCUCGAUCUCCUCUACGACGGUAGCAGCUUUGAGUAUUUCAAGCAUCCCUUUGUCAAUACCAAGAACACCCACGGCACUGGCUGCACCCUCUCUGCUGCGAUCACCGCCGGCCUGGCAAUCGGGCAAGAUGUGAAGCAGGCCGUGCAGGAUGCCCUCCGGUACGUCCAGGGCGCGUUGGUCUGCUCCAUCUCGGUCGGCAAGGGCCAUGGUCCACUCAACCAUGUCCAUGCGCUGCCAUCGCCAGCCAAAAUCGGCGGCUUCGUGCACAAGCUCAUGAACUACUGCGCUCCGGAAUGGGAUCUCUACGUCAACCACCCGUUUGUGCAGCAGAUGGGCGACGGUACCCUGCCCAUGGACUCCUUCACCCACUACAUCUGCCAGGACUAUAUCUUCUUGCUCCACUAUGCGCGUGUGAACGCACUGGCGGCAUUCAAGGAGAACGACAUGGAUUCGAUCAUGGAGGCUGCCGAGUUUGUCAUUGGCAUCGGACACGAGACCAAGAAGCUCCAUAUCGAGUAUGGAGAGCAGUACGGCAUUACUCGCGAUCAGCUUAUCAAGACGAAGGAGGCUUCUGCCAAUCUUGCCUAUACCCGCUAUGUGCUCGACAAGGGCACUAGUGGCGACCGCCUCGAUCUGCUUGUGGCCGUUGCGCCGUGCUGCCUGGGCUAUGCCGAGAUAGGCUAUCGUCUUAUGACUGACCCCAAGACCAAGCAAGAGGGUAACCCCUACUGGAAGUGGAUCGUCAACUACGGCUGCCCCGAGUUCCAAAAGAUCGCUGUCGACAUGAAAGAAAAACUCGAGCGCCUGGCCUACGAAAUGGUUCCGUCCCACAACACCAACCGCCUUAUUCAGCUCUGCGAGAACUACAAGCAAGCCACCAUCCUCGAGGCAAACUUUUGGGAGAAUGCCGACGCCGACGCCGACGAUGGCGUAUUGGGAUGA